UGCGUACACGGUCCCCGUAUAUAAACUGUCCUUUUUUACGAGGCUGCCAUUUUUUUACUUUACCAAGAAUUGGAAUACUGCGCCAAAAAAAAAUUUAAAAAUUAAAAAUGAAGCAACUUACAGCACUAAUUGUGCUUGUGCUCGCGUGUUCUUAUGGCGCCGAAGCAAGCAAUCUCACUUCCACAAUCGCCGAAUUUGUAUAUCAAUCGGCCACGUACAUUCCGAUGCAGAUCUUCCUCACAUGCGAUUUUGCGUUGAAGCAUUUCACGCUUCCGGUGCUCACAUACUUCGUCAACAUCACUAUAACGUUCUUCCAGUUGGACGAAGACUUUAUGCCUGACUUUGUCUCUGGUUUGGAGCUGAUGAUUCAUGUCUGGAUCGAUCUGGCACAGAUGAAUAUCGCCGGCUCGGAGAUUCUGGCGAAUAGUUGUUUGAAAUUCGCCGAAUUGCUCGACAACGGCUCUUAUUUUAUUAGCCAUUAGUUUUUAAAUAUUAGUUGUUAUUUGUUGUUAAUAAAAUAGUACAUAUUAUCUCCUGUUAUGAUUGCGUUUGAUAGAUAUUUUGAAAAAAUACAAAGUUGAUAGUU